AUGGCCACCAUUUUGAGCUUUGUCUUUACUUUGCUCUUUCACUCUCUUUUUCCGUUUAACUUCAUCGACUUUCUUUUCUUUCUUUUGCGCACUCUCUCCGUCGCAUUUUUGUCGUUGCUUUUGUUGCUGUUUUUUUCCUUCUUUCUUUCUACAAUUUCUUUUUCUGUGUACACACCCGCUACUUAUUCUCCCCUAAAACAUGUUGCGGUUUUCACCAAACUCCUAUUCUCUCCCCACUAUUAUCUUAACAUACACUCUCGUACACACCCACCUUCCUUACUGAAUCGUCAAAUACACAUCACUUCUAACCAUCGUCUUUCUGUCCGCCUUCUUUUUCUCUCUAUUUCUAUCCUCUCUCUACUAUUCUCUCGCUUUCUCUAUCUCUCUCUCUCUCUCUCUCUCUCUCUCUAUCUAUCUAUCUAUCUAUCUAUCUAUCUAUCUAUUUGUGAAAGCUUCUUUCUCAAUCAUCGUGUACUUUAUAGUUUUGCUAACGCCAUUCUCUUCUCUCUCUCUCUCUCUCUCUCUCUCUAUCUCUCUAUUUUCUAUUCUCCUUCUUUUUCUAUUUACUCUCCUUUUUUCUCUUUCUCCGGUCUACACAAAAAACACGUCAUUUCAUUUUGCAUCCCUUCUGCAUUUCCUAGUGUUAUUUCCCUUUCCUUGUCACACUCAAUUCUUUUUCUUUUUAUGUUCCUUGAUUUCUUUCAAGACUUUCCUCUAGCUUCUUUUAAUCAGCCUCGUUUUGGUUCCCUUCCUUAUUUCUACAACGAACGUGACUUUUUCUUUCUCCAUUUUUCUUUCUUUAACGAUUAUCAUUCAAUGUUUCCAGUGUUCUGUUAUGUCUUCAUCAGCUCCUUCUCCUUUCUCCCUUAUUUCUCCUCAUCCUUCUAUUUUCCUUCUUUCUCCUAG